AUGCGAGCUGAGAUCGCAGCCUUCAGGGAGCAGUCCAGGAUCGAUCGGGAACAACAGAGUACCGAUAGGGAAACAAACCGCCUCACGCAACAGAGAAUGCAGGAUUUGGAAGAUGAAAACACGGCACUGGCCCGAGCACUAGACAGGAGGCACCAGCACAACGAGGCACUUACUCAGGCCCUGGCUAGAGCAUCCCAGCUAGCAGACUUGAACGCUGCCCCGAUAACAGGAAACACCAACACCGCACCAGCACCUCCUACGGAGGGCAGCCAGAGGUUAAUCCAGGUACCGGUAGACUUAUUCCCGGAAAGCUUGAGGCAUCUACCACCACCACCGUUACCACAGCCAGUUCACGGUAUCACGCCGGUACCCGACGCAAACACGGCAUUACUCGUACAAAUGAGCAACUCCUUGCAUGCCCUGCAGGCAAGGGUACAGGCCACAGAAAAUAGAGACACCUGGAGAGCUAUGAACAGUUAUGAGGACCGCCCGGGGCCUUUCACCCAACAAGUUAGGGGAGCCAUUCGAGCGAAUACAUCGAAACCACUGAAAAUUGACUAUACGGGAGUUGGAGAUCCCUACCAACAUUUACAGGCUUUCCGAUCGCAAACAAACGCCAAGGGAUAUACGGACGAAGUGUGUUGUAACAUAUUCCAGGAAACCCUGUCAGGGGAGGCUUUAAGUUGGUUCUACGAACUGCCGGUCGGUUCUGUAGGGAAUUUUAAGGAGUUGGUUGACAAAUUUGUCACUCGAUUCAUCUUACGCAUUGAUGGGAUACACACACCGAAGGGCCUACUGAAGAUCCAGCAGGGAGAAGAUGAAACCCUGAAGUCUUUUGUAAAUAGAUGGCAAGCGGCUACCGCUAAGUCCCGGGACCUCAAUAAGGAACUGGCUGAGCUGGCUUUCAGGAGGGGCCUAAGACGAGGAGAAUUUCUCUACGGGAUCAACCAUAAUCCUCCAGCUAGCUACGACGAACUGAUGGCCACUGUCAUCAGACACGCUCAGGCCGAAUUCGAAACAUACGGGGACACCCCCAGACCAGAACUAAGAUUUUCCACACCGACUUCGACGAUUAGGGAUGAGCCACGAAAAAGGGAGUGGGUCCACAAUCAUGAUAGGUCACCCCAUACCUCGAACAAAAGAGGCAAAGAAUCCUCGUCCAGGUCGAACAGUUACGGGAACACCCACCCUAACCGGGAGCCAAGGGCGCAGCAGGGCCCAAGGACACCACCACCACCUCGGUAUGAGGUGUUCACAAUCCUGAACGCUUCAUACGAAACUGUCUGGAACGAAAACAUGGAUGAGAUACCGGGACCACCCCCAAGGAAGUUCCCAAAGAGCAAACUUACCCAGCAGGAUACCGGAAAAUUCUGCACUUACCACGAGGAUGCCGGACACAAUACCAAUCUGUGUGUUGCUUUAAAAAUACCAUCGAGUCCCUCAUCCAGAGGGGCAAGCUUCAACGAUACCUACCUGCUAAGGAGAUAG